AUGCCCCGUACACAAGCUCCGCCCGCACCUACGCCGUACCGCCUCGGCGGGAUUGUGCGGUACGAUAAGAUGCCGCCGCGCGGUAUCCGGCGAUACCUGUGGAAGAAGAGUGUGCAGAUUGACGCACACCUGUGCUUCGCCAUGCUCGAGUGGUGGGAGGCGUUACUUAUUGCCCUCAUCGUCCUCCCCGUCACCCUCUUCUUCUGGUACUCGUGCUACGCCUACUUCCCCGGCCACAUCCGCUACCUCACCCGCCGCUACGCCUACUACGUCUACGGCGACGAGGCAAUCGACCUGCUGGCCUCGUCGCGCGCCCAUGUUGCCGAGUGGCUCAACAUCGCCUGGCUCUGGUUCUGCAGCGUCGUAGGCACAUCUCCUCGCGUAGAGCUAUAG